UGCGCUCGAUCCUUUCUCGAAUCGGUGCAUGCAACACCGGCGACAUGUCUACAAUUAAGAUCUCUCACCGGGGGCCCGGCCGGGUCGAUUUUGGCUUCUGCUCUUCUUCUGGAUCUUGUUGAUGUGGGUGUUUCUUGGUCGAUCCUUCUUGUUUAAUCUGCCUGUGCCUUGAUCUUGGCGCUUGCUUUUCCUCUGGUGGGAUACGGUGAUCUCUAUUCUCUCUCGGCUUUGUUUGCUCUUGGGAACCGCCAUGGCCAACCUUUUAUUCUUUGUGCAGAUCUAUGCACGGAUCGGCCAUAUUCUUCUCGCUCUGUGUGUAUGUGGGUUAGUUUCUGUCUUCUCCAUUGGCUUCGAGCUGAGGGCUCUUGUUGUUGUUGUUUGGGGCCUUUUAAUUCUCUUGCUCCCUCCUCUCCUUCCCCUUUUAAUCCUUGAAAGGAGCACACGACGCACCGCUUUUCUUUUCCUUUGUUCCUCGCUUUCUUUCUUAUCCUCCCUUUCCUUUUUAUCUUUUCAUCUCUCUUUUCCUCAUGGCUUUUCUCUCCACCCCUCACCCUUUCGUCUCUCUCCUCAAGCCCACACCUUGCAUCAAAAGAGUAGCCAUGUCUUGGAGGAUGAUGUAGUAGCAGCAGCAGCAGUACUGCUACGCCACAAACACAACCCUACAAGAGCACAAACAAAGUUGUGUGUUUUGUGUGGUGGGGCUAGGGCUAGUGAAGCCCAUGGAAGAGAUGCUGAUGGGUGCAAAUCCAAAUCCUAAUGGGAGCUCAAAUCAGCCACCGCCACCGCCGUCCUCGGCGGCCAGCGCCCAGCGGCCUAUCGCCCCACCGGCGGCUGGAGCGGCCGCCGGCGCGGGCGCCGCCGGAGCUGGGGCUGGCACGGAGCGCCGCGCGCGGCCGCAGAAGGAGAAGGCGCUCAACUGCCCGCGGUGCAACUCGACGAACACCAAGUUCUGCUACUACAACAACUACAGCCUCCAGCAGCCGCGCUACUUCUGCAAGACGUGCCGCCGCUACUGGACGGAGGGCGGCUCGCUCCGCAACGUCCCCGUCGGCGGCGGCUCACGGAAGAACAAGCGCUCGUCGUCCUCGGUGGUGCCGUCGGCGGCCGCGUCGGCCUCCACCUCCGCGGCGGUGUCCGGCUCGGUCCCCGUGGGGCUGGCGGCCAAGAACCCGAAGCUGAUGCACGAGGGAGCGCAGGACCUCAACCUAGCGUUCCCGCACCACCACGGCCGCGCCCUGCAGCCGCCGGAGUUCACGGCGUUCCCGAGCUUGGAGAGCAGCAGCGUGUGCAACCCCGGAGGCAACCUGGCGGCGGCGAACGGCGCCGGUGGCAGGGGCAGCGUGGGCGCGUUCUCGGCGAUGGAGUUGCUGAGGAGCACCGGCUGCUACGUUCCGCUGCCGCAGAUGGCGCCGCUAGGGAUGCCGGCGGAGUACGCAGCUGCGGGGUUCCAUCUCGGCGAGUUCCGCAUGCCACCGCCGCCACAGCAGCAGCAGCAGCAACAAGCUCAGACCGUGCUCGGUUUCUCCCUGGACACGCACGGCGCGGGUGCAGGCGGCGGCUCCGGGGUGUUCGGCGCGUGCAGCGCUGGGUUGCAAGAGAGCGCGGCGGGCAGGUUGCUGUUCCCCUUCGAGGACCUGAAGCCGGUGGUGAGCGCCGCGGCUGGCGACGCGAACAGCGGCGGCGAUCAUCAGUACGACCACGGCAAGAACCAAGGUGGUGGCGGCGGCGUCAUCGGUGGCCAUGAGGCCCCAGGGUUCUGGAAUAGCAGCAUGAUCGGCAACGGCAGCAGCAAUGGCGGCGGCGGCGGCGGUUCUUGGUAAGGUGGUGCGAGCUGCUACUGCUUGCCCGCCGCCGCCAUGCAUGGCUCAUGCAUGCACGCGUGGUGGUCAGCAGCUAGCAGCAUGUGGAGAUAGAGAAACGAGAUAGAGACAAGGGGGGUUAAUAAGCCUGUGGUGAUUAGUGUUACAUAUGGCGUUUUGUUUCUCUUUGCUUUGUUUGGUUUUUCGGUUUCAUGGUGUUGCUUCUUUGUUGUUUGUUCAUGUGUGUGUGGUUAAUUAUCGGCUUGGGGGCUGGCUAACACAGCAGGAUACACAGAUUUUUAAGGGUGGUGAACUUGGUGAUAUUAUACAGCUGCUGAUCUAUUCACCAAUCAAUCUCUCAUUUUGUGAUUUAAUCAUGUCAUGUAGAAUCUGCACUGAAGCAUGAUACUCUUAUCAUUUUUUUAGUUUUGAUGGCUGUGUGUGUGUCCACGGACGGUACGUACGCCGUUUGAGUUACUGUAUGUAGUCUGAACAAACAACAUGUUGGUUAGUUGCAUA